AUGCAAUAUUCUUUCAUUUACCUGAUUUUCAUUUUGCAUAUAUGCUUUAGUGCAUGUGCGUCUACUGGUAAGAGUUCCCUGUCGUCGACAACAUCUUCUUCUAAAAAGAGUUCUACUCGUUCAUCUUCUUCAUCCAGCGCUUCCUCUACAUCCUCCAGUAACUCUACAAGGGGAAUAGAAUAUGUUGCAUUAGGAGUUGGAAAAAAUUUACAAGGUCGUUACUACGUCAACGCAUCUGUUGGGGAACCUCAGCAAGAACAAUCACUGGUAUUAGAUACAACGGAGCCUUACUUAUGGGUAAUUUCGGGAAAUGUUGAGAUGAACUGUACUGAUACAAAUAAUGUGUGUAAUGCAAACUCACUCUAUUAUUAUAAUGAAUCGUCGAGUGCAGUUGCUAUAGACGAGAAUGCAGACUACCAAAUGGAUUUCCUGAAUUAUGUUUCAUUUGCCGGUUCUUCCUAUAUGGAUACUAUUAAUUUUACAGAUAUUAGCAUUAAGAAUAAUUAUACUAAUACCCUAUUGCAGUCAAAUUUAUCAGCGUACGUUAAUUUAACAAAUGAUCAUCUCUGGGUGAAGAACGUCUCGUUUCUAGACUCUACCACUGCAACAAGUCUGUACUCCGGUGUACUUGGCCUUGGCGGUUCCAUAACAUCUUCAAAUGAGUACGAAAACAGUGGCAACUAUGACAGUUCUUACUUUAUUUUCAAUAAGUUCAAGGAGGCGAAUAUCACACAAUCGAAUUCAUAUUCUCUUUGGUUAGUGGAGGACGAGUCCUCUUUGACGACGACUUCCACAAAAUUUGAAGAAGAGGGGACAUUCGGGAAAUUAUUGUUAGGUGUGAUUGAUCCUGCUCUGUAUCGUGGUUCACUAUACCAGUUCGAUAUGAUACCAUAUGUUGAUCCAGAGUCAUUGGUCUCAUCCCAAGGCUACCCUAUACUACCAAUGGGCGUAAUUUAUGUUAAAUCUGAAUCUGGUGCUCGACUUAAUGUGACUUCAAAAGAUUUUUUGGAACCUGUACUACUAGAUUCUUCACAACAAGGUAACUAUUUACCAGAAAACGCAAUUAUCCAAAUUGCCAUUCAAAUCGGUGCUACAUAUAUCGAAUCGAUGGACAGAUGGCUAGUAAGUUGUGAUAUGGCAUCCUACGGUGCCAGCGUUCUUUUCACAUUCGAUGGACUAGAAAUCGAUGUUCCAUUAGAAAAUUUAUUGACAAAUACGUUUGAAACUGGUAGUAACAGCAGUAUAUAUUAUUCCGAUGGGGAAACUGCAUGCGCUUUAACGAUCUAUGAUAAUGCCAAUAUGGGGUACAAUCUGUUAGGAAGUGCAUUCUUCAGAAAUACGUACAUUGCCGUUGAUCUCGAGGGAAACACGGUAGCUAUUGCUCAAGCAAAGCCUAGUGAUGAAGACGAUUCUUCAAAUCUUUCGGCUACUACUCUACCUGCAGCAGCUAUCAAGUCCCAUUUCAUUCCUUAUGCAUAUUACAGAAAUUUAACAAAUUACUCUACAAUGUCGUUGGUACCAUCAAGUGUUACGAAUGACGACAGCACCAUCCCAUAUCAACUCUCUGCAAGCGUCUUUUCCAAUGGCAUAGUUACUGCGCAACAACGCUCUUUCUUCGACACAACAAGAUCUUCUACUACAAAAUCUUCCAGCACGGAAUUCAACAACAUCGAAGGCUCCACAUCCAACCAGGCCAACCACAUAAAACCUUUCGCUGCGCCACAACACCAUGACCACCAGCAGGGACUGUUCGCGGUAUGCAUACUGUACCUACUCGGACUUAUUAUCUAA